AAGUAAAAAAUUGUAAAUGGUGGUAUGGGUGGUUGAUGUCAGAAUCCAUAAACUCGAAAUUUUAUCCUGAUUCACAGACGGAAAUGGAUGAGACACUUAUGCUGGAAGCUGAUGAAAUGACUCAGUCUGGUGGAAAGAAAGUAAACUAUUUGUGGGGCGAGAGCAGUGAUCAGCAGUUGGCUAGUUCAUCAACGUGCAGUCUGACUGAUGAUGAUGUUAAAUAUGUGAAACCUGAAGAGGUGACCGAGAGUUUUACGGAAGUGAAGGUUGAAGUGAUCAUCGAUGAAGAAGGCCUAAGAGAAGGGGAAGAGAUUAAAAUUGAUGAAUCUCCAAAGAGCGUGGUACCACUCUACAACCAUGAAAAGGAUGAAGAAGAACUGGACGCUGCAUCGUGCGGAAGUGCUGACGGGACGGACUGUGGUGUAUUCCAGCAAAUGGAUUAUGCUGGGUUCGACAGGGAGCUGCAAAGGCGGGAGCAGCUUCAACUGGGCUCGGUCAAAGACGAAGAACAGACCUCUUGCCAGAGUAGGUCGGCGCAGUUUGCAGACGUCAGUAGCGCCAGCAGUCGAGCCGGCGACAGCAAGGAUGAUGGGAUCGUAUGUUUAGUGUGCUCGGCCAGGUUUUCUAGGAACGACAAUUUAAAAGAACACGUCCAAACCCACUGUACCCCGAAAUCUUUCUUGUGUUGUUUUUGUUCAACUGAGUUCAAACACAAGGGUAAUCUGAACUCGCACAUCCGUAUUCACUCGGGCGAAAGGCGUUUUGCGUGUGCCAUUUGCGAAGCGAGAUUCAGAGAGAAAAACACUUUAGACAAACACAUCCUCAGCCACACCGGUGAGAGACCUUUUGUGUGUGAAGUCUGCCCUGCCAAGUUCGCUAUAAAAGGCAACCUGAUGAGACAUAUUCUCACUCACACAGGCGAAAAGCCUUUUUCUUGUUCCAUGUGCCCGGCAAAAUUCACACAGAAGAGCACUCUUGACACGCACCUGAUCAUUCACACCGGAGUCAAACCUUUCUCAUGUUCAGUGUGUCCGGCGACGUUUGUGAGGAGAGCUUAUCUCAAACUACACAUGCUAAAGCACGCGGGCAGGAAACCUUUAUUGUGUACUAUGUGUUCUGCUAAGUUCAGUCGUGAUUUCGAUCUCGAAAAGCACAUGCUGAAACACACUUCGGGAAAACAGUGUGUUUGUCCCGUUUGCCCCGGCCAGUGCUCUUGCAAAGAUAACCAGUCGUACGUCAGUAGCACCUCCGUCGAGAAACCGUUCCUGUGCGCAAUGUGCCCGGCCAUGUUCAAAAAGAAAAUCCAGUUGAACUACCACCUGCUGAGUCACUCGGGCGAGAGGCCCUUUGCGUGUCCCGUGUGCCCCGCCAAGUUUGCACGGAAAGCGUACCUGAGCUCGCACCUCAGCAACCACGCCGGCCAGAAGCGCUUCUCCUGCACCGUGUGCUCCGGCAAGUUCAACCUGAAGGGGAACCUGAAGAGGCACAUGCUCAUCCACACGGGGGAGAAACCUUUCUCAUGUUCCAUCUGCCCGGCCAGGUUCAACCAGAAGAGUUGCCUCAACAUGCACCUCAUCAGCCACUCGGGCGAGAAGCGUUUCCGGUGCCCGCGGUGCCCGGCCCAGUACGCGCAAAAGAGGAACUUGAACAAGCACGUACUCACGCACACGGGGGAGAAACCGUUCCCGUGCCCUCUGUGCCCGGAGACGUUUACUCUGAAGCAGAAGCUGAAUAAGCACGUCCUCGUUCACACUGAUGAGAAAACAUGAGAGAGGUUCGGCAGAUCGGUUGCGAGUCCUUGUCGUCGAUUCCUAAAGUGGGUAGGAAUGUAAGGCUGUGUGCGUUCACGUGAACACAUCUGUUUGAUCUGAGUACGCGCAAGUAUUGUACACUUUAUAUGCUUGGGGAGAGAUCACUUUGUAAAAGAGUGGUGAAUAUAUCUGUGAUAACUGAAAUAGAAUUUUAAUUAGGGUUUCUUAUUCUUCUCUACACCAAAUAAAGUGUCUUCGUAGUGCUGUAGGGUAUACAGUAUGUAACAGUUAAUUAAUUCAUCAGCAUGAUACUGAGAAUAUACUAAAAUUAAUUUUUUUUUAUUACAGUCAGAAUACACUAUAAAUGGCUGUGUUUAAUGUCUUGUGUAUAUGUUAAGGCAUUAGUCAAUUAUAUUUUUUUAAUCUUUUGAGACACUUGUUUUUAUUAUUUUAAUUUUGUUCUGUUAAUAUGAAAAACAGUGCCAUGGAAAAGUCAAGAGCAGUGCAGAUAUGGGAGGUAGGCUGGCAUCUUCUUGUGAAACUAAUGUAAAUCAUGUUUGUUUGGCUUUCAGCUUAGUUUUUUUUACUGGAGUUUGUCUGAUGGGUACUUAUUUUGUAUGUCUGAUAGCUGGAUUUCUUAAAAAAAAAAAAUAUUAUUUACAUAUUAAGCCAACUCUAGAGGUUGUGUGUAUAAUUUUUAACAUUGAGGGAGUAUUGAUGUGUUUCGAUGUCAGUCAAGUGGCAGCAGGAAAUCUGUAAAUUGAGCUGGGAACGGCCAAGUACUAUGGUACUAGAGCAGUACGGCAGUCGGGCGUAAGGCUGGGAUUGGAAUAUAGUUACAAUGUUGGGCGUGGAAUGGAAUGGUUUUGCUAAGGCAUUUGGCCAGAAGUUACAGCCAGGAUUGUGGUGAAACAUCAGGGUAGACGGGUUAAACUGUAGUCAAAAUAUCUGUUAAGAUGUCAGAGUUUAAAUGGUUGAGUGUUGGUUAAUAUGUAUUGGUGACAAGUGGCAAGAGAUAUUGGUAAAAGUUCAGGGUAGGAUUUCAGGAAGAUAUCCUAGACAAUUUACAAUUGAAAACCGUAGUUUGGAUGGAAUCUGCCAUUUGUUUUUAUUGCUACCAACGUUAUAUUUUGUUCUAUUCAGAUGUAUUGUUCAUGCAAUGCAAUGGCAUGUGUAAUCUACUAGCAGUAAUACAAAAAUCAUUAUAAUUUAAAAUCUGAGGAUGUACAACUAUUGCCUAUUAACUUAUUAAAUUAUAUUGUAGAUAUUCAUUUUUUUUGUGAUCGCAAUUCAUUUAAAUACUGAAUUGUGUAGUAAUUAAGCUACAAGCAUUUACUACAUAUCUUUUUAUAUAUAUAUUUUUUUUUAGCCAUUACACUAAUAUAUGUAAAGGUAUGUUAUUUUUUUUUUAGUAUUUUUUAAUGUCUUUUUAAUCAUACAAAUAGAUUUCUUACAAUUUCAAAUGAUUUAAGAAAAUAUAUUUACCUAUAUGCUAUAUCAGUACAGAAGUAUGGUUUGUUGAUGAGACAUUAUCAUGUUAUCAUUCUUAUAAUAUUUAGCCACAGUCAUUUAAUGAAUAUUUUGGCUGUUUUUGUAAAGCCACUGGUUGGAGUCCUUGCCUCAUUUAUAGUUAACAGUGCAUUAAUGUUGGGCAGUUUUUAAAUUUUUGAUGUAGGCAAAAGGGUGAAAAAUUCAUGUCAUGUUGAAACUGUACCAAAUUUGUGCUACAGUUUUUAACCAAACAUAUUUCUGACAAUUAUUUGUAUUGUUAGAAGCAAGCUUUAAUGUAUAAUAUUUUCUUUGUUUUAUAUUUGGUAAUUUUAAUCAAUGUUUAAUUGUUAUUUUAUUGCUACCAUUGUAAGAAGAGAAUGAUAUAAAAAGUUUUAAAAAAAGGCAGUUUUAUUUAUUGAAUAAUGUAGUAUUGAUUUUUCAUACAUAUAUACCUAUAUAUCAUGUAAGUUUUUUGAUGUGUAAACAUCUUCAUUCUUGGUAUACAGCAUUUAGUAAGAGUAAUUUCGUGAAUGGAAUGGAAGUCGCAUGGAAUAAAAAUGUGUUGCCACCAUGCUGCCAUCUGUGGCAAAUGGAGCAAACUAAAGUUCACAGAGCCGAUGGGAAACUUUAUAGUAUUAACUGUUUAAUGAAUUUUAACAAGAUUGGCAGUAUUUUAAUACUACACCUCGAAAAUCAGGUCCAAAGCCGGUGUUUAGUAAUUUUUAAGACUUUCUUGCUGCAAUUGGAGCCGUUUCAUCAUGUAGUCUAAGCUUUCGUUCUGCAAAUAGAAUGAUUCAGUAGUCGGCGUAACUGCUCCAGCAGCAAAUUCUAGCAGCAGGUGUGGAAAAUACGCAUAUGUCUCACGUCAAGAAAUGUAGUGGAAACACACAAUUUUUGUCUGUUUAUCACGCUCUGCAUUAAUUCUACGUUAAAUUUUGUUACCAAUUUUCAUAUUAUAAGUUUAUUUGCAACAUGAUAACACAUGAAUUUUCUCCAUACCGAGGUUAGAUGUUCACACAUGACUGGUGAGUACGUACUGAAAGACUUGUUCAUAUAUUUUUUAAUCAAUUUAAGUAGAUUUAGCAAAUUAUCUAAGUUCAGCUGUUUAUUUGUUAAUAAAUAAUAGGUUGACAUUGUACAUCAUGGAGAAAGUACAAUUUAGCAUUAUUGGUGGUGUUGCAUAAGUUUCUUCUACAAACAAUAACUGUGAAAAACUAAGCUGAUGACUUCAACGGCUAUUUACCAGUUGCAAGUAAAAUUUGUUUAUUCAAUUAUGGGUCUUAACAUUAAAUUUUCAAGAAAACUAUAGUUAAUACUAUCUCUUCAACGAGUGUACUCGACUGCAAGGCAAGUCCUCCAAAUCUUAAACACUAAUUUACUAGCCACCGAAGGCUGUGGCUCGUGAAGAAAGUUUCUACUCGCCUUUUCUAAAGUGUUGUCGUAGUCUUCCCCGGCAGUCCAGCAUGCUCAGACUUUUUGCAUGUGGUAAAUGUGGCGGAUGUUGUCAUGAAAAAAAAAAUUAAAAUGUUAAAAACACCAAUUAUUUCACAGGAGAAAAUAUUUGUAACAGCCACUGUUAAUGACAAGGCAUUCCAUGAACGUGUGUGCGGUGAUGAGAAGAGCCUGUAGAUUUAAGUCUAGCCGAUGACUUGGAGCGUAACAUAAACGAAAAAUAUGCAAUGCUCAGGAGUGGGGUGGUCGAUGGUGGAGAGGGAGACUAAUGAACAAAGGAGAGACAGUCAGACAAUGUAAGUCUCUUGGGGGUGCGGAAGACUACCAUAAUGACAGUAUUUCGCCUGGCCUCUUCGAAAAAGGCGGAAAAGUAACAUAACGGAAAUCUGCCAUAAUUUAAAAGGACGAGGCAGAAUUCUACCAUAUUUCCUUAUAUACUCCAUGGAAUGAGUACAGCUGCUUUGCUUUGUAGUUUAUAGAAUACGUCGCUAGGUAGCAGUUUUAAUCCCCUAGCUGUUUCAUAGGUUAACUUAAAAGACUACAGAUAGUGCUUCUGACAGUUACUUUCUGUAGUUCCAGUCAUAAAUCAACUCAAUAGAUCGCGCACUAAUAUAAACAAAUGUUUCCAAAAAUUGGUUAUAGGAAGCAGCACUGUGUACUUACAACUACGAUCUGUAAAAAUAACAAUAUGGUAGUUUUCAAUUAUGGCACUUUUCCGACCUGUUUUGACGGGGGGCGAUGGAAGACUGCCAUACUGGAAGACUACCAUAAUGACAUAAUUCCGCCUGGGGGCGACGGAAAACUACCAUAAGUUAAAACAUGACCAUACAGUCCUAAUACUCGAACGACAUGAGAAAAGUAUGUAUAUUAUCUUAGAAAGAAUUUUUAUAAAUAAGCAGCAUACAAAGUCUUGUUAUUCUAAUUAAUGUUUUAACUCCACAAGUUGAAAUGAAAUGCAAUCUAGUGACUGAAAAUCACAAUUCCUUGACAACCGACGGUUAAGAAAGUAAAAUAUUGCAUUAUUUA